AUGAAUCAUAAUACACCGAUAACUUGUUCUAGUAUUAUUCAUCAAUUAGAUCAACAAAUUUAUUAUAUAAAUGAUCAUCGAUUAAGAACACAAUCUCAAUAUUGUUUACCAUCAUCUGAAAUUCAUCAAAAUAAAUUAGAAACAAAAAUUGUAAUUGAUGAAAUUCAUCAUAAUCAACCUAAUAAUUUAUUAUCUUCAGAAUAUCAAGAACCUAUAGAACAUAAUUUCAAUGUGUUUACUCAACAUAAUAAUGAUUUAAUGAGUAAUUCAAGUGAAAAAUUAGAUAUACCAUUAAAAAAUCAACAAAGUAUGAAAAAAAAUCAUAUAACAAUGAAUAAAUUAAAUACAAAUUUAUCAAAUGAUUUGAUAUAUGAUAAUGAAAAUAAAUGUAUAACAGUGAAAUGUGAAAAUAUUGGAAAUAAAAAUGAAAUACAAUCGACUAAUUCAGAUAAUGUUAUACAAGGAAAUAAACGUGAAACAUGGGAUUCAAAGAUUGAUUUUUUAUUGGCUGUUAUUGGUUUCGCUGUAGAUCUUGGAAAUAUUUGGCGAUUUCCAUUUAUAUGUUAUCGUAACGGUGGAGGUGCAUUUCUAAUUCCUUAUUUAGUUAUGUACAUUUUUGGUGGACUACCUUUAUUUUAUCUUGAAUUGGCAUUAGGACAAUAUCAACGUAGUGGUUGUUUAACCGUAUGGAAAAGAAUAUGCCCUUUGUUUAGCGGCAUUGGUUUUGGAAUUUGUAUAAUUGCAAGUUAUACAGCAUGGUAUUACAAUACAAUUAUUGCGUGGGCACUAUUCUAUAUGAUUGACGCUAUGAAACCACAUAUACCAUGGGAUGGAUGUAAUAACUGGUGGAAUACAAAUUCUUGUGUUACCGUUUAUGAAAGGUUGAUCAAUCAUUCUAUACUAAAUGCUUCACAUAAAUAUGAAUUAAAUGAAUUGGUCAAUUUAUCAAUAGUUAAUCUAAAAAUUAAUGGAAGUGGUGAAGUGUUUUCUUCGACAGAAGAAUAUUUCUAUCGUCGAGUUUUACAAAUUCAAUAUGCAGAAGGAUACAAUAAUGUUGGUCCAAUACGUUGGGAGAUUUGUCUUUGCCUAGUUGCAGUAUUCACAAUAGUUUAUUUUUCACUUUGGAAAGGAGUUAAAAGUAGUGGAAAAGCUGUAUGGAUAACUGCUACUAUGCCUUACGUUAUUUUAACUAUCCUCUUGAUUCGUGGUUUAACAUUAGAAGGUUCGUUAACUGGUAUCAAGUACUAUCUUACACCAAAUUUUUCAAGUCUGUUAAGUACUUCUGUUUGGAGUGAUGCUGCAUCUCAAAUAUUCUUUUCACUUGGACCAGGCUUUGGUGUUCUAUUGGCAUUAUCCAGUUAUAAUAAAUUUCAUAAUAACUGUUAUAAAGAUGCAAUGAUUACCAGUUUUAUUAACUGUGCAACAAGUUUUGUGUCAGGAUUUGUUGUCUUCUCUGUUUUGGGAUAUAUGUGUUUCCGUAUGGGAAAAACAAUGGAAGAUGUUGCAAAUGAAGGACCUGGUUUAGUAUUUAUUGCUUAUCCUGAAGCAAUCGCAACAUUAGCUGGUUCAACAUUCUGGGCAAUUAUAUUUAUGUUAAUGUUAAUAACAUUAGGUCUUGACAGUACAUUUGGUGGUCUUGAAGCAAUUAUAACAGCAAUCAUGGACAGUGUUCCUGCUUUAUCUGGUAGACGUGAGCUGUUUGUACUCGCUGUGGUUGUUUAUUGUUUUAUUGGAGCUUUAGCAUCUACUACAUGUGGUGGAUAUCUUGUUCUGACUAUGCUUGACCGUCAUGGUGCUCCAAUCUCAAUUUUGUUCAUUGUGUUUUGUGAAUGUGUAGCAUUGUGUUGGUUUUAUGGUACCAAACGAUUUUGUCAAGACGUACAAAUGAUGCUUGGAUUUAAACCUGGUAUAUUUUGGCAAAUCUGCUGGGCUUAUAUAAGUCCAAUUUUCUUGCUGGGUAUUUUUAUAGCAAAUAUAGUUUCUUAUGAAACACAACCUGUUUCUGUUUUGGGCGUUGUCUAUGAACCUACAACCUGGGUUAUUGCACUAUCAUGGGCUAUAGUGUUCUCAUCUCCAAUAUUCAUUCCAAUCUUAAUGAUAUAUCAAUUAAUAAAGGCUAAAGGAUCUUUUCUUGAAAGAUUACGUUUUCUUACAACACCUGAAGAUCGACCAGCAUACGGGGAUCAACAAAUUACACUAAAUGCUAUUGGUGAAUAUGUACCAAAGAAAAUGUCCAAAACAAAUAAGUUAUACGGAAAUCCCCAAUGA